UAAAAAAACGGCCACCCCCAGAAAGCGUCUGUCUCGCGCAUACAAUGUUUGUGGUGCACUAACAAUUCCGGCUGUUUGUUUUUUAACGCGCGCGCUCUCUUGCUCCCCUCGCAUCAUACCUGCGUAAUCGCUGUUCAAACAGAGCAUUCCGAUACCGCCCAUGUUGCGUCGGGUGCUCCGUGCGGUGUGUGUGUGUGUGUGUGCGUGCGAGACAGUCCACGCUAGUGUAGUAUGGCCGGGUGAGAAGGCACUUCCCUUCGUUCUUCCGCCCGAAAGAACUUCAAGGCGUGGAGACCGGCACCGGGGCUAGAUCGAAGCAGGCUAGUCGAUGCCGUCAUCUGCUAGCGGUCGGAAGGUUUCUAAUGGUGAUCCGCUGCGAAGUGGCAGUGAAGUGAGCAACUGUAUAUAUGUGUGUGUGUGUGUGUGUGUGUGUGUGUGGAGGCUGCUAAUUGCCUUCGCGAGAAGUAGGCAGUGGGUUUCACCUAUUUUUUUAAGCGGCAAAACACCUCAAAUGGACAUAAUAGAUUCGAGUUGGUGCGUUUUAGGUAAUGCUUCGGUACGCCAUUAGCUGCGAGCAGUGACCAUUUACAGGACCGUAAUAGUAGCACUCGGAAGUACCGGCGGGGGAAGAAAAAUGGCACCCAACGUGUCGGACAGCGACCGGGCCGCGGGAACAGUUUGGCAAAGGGCAAAGGGACGACCGCAGGACACAAUCAACGACCAAAACAACAACGAUGCCUGUCAAAGCGGCAGUAGCAGUAAUCACUGUGAUCAGGGUGCGAGCGUACCACCAUCACCGUUCCGGGCCCGCAUUCGGUGGCCCGACCUGUUCGCCCAGCUGUUCGUGCACGGUGGCUUUCUGAUUGGGCUCUACUAUUUGGUCACAUUCCAGGCCAAGUUCUACACCUACCUAUGGACCCUAGGUUUGGUGUGGGCCACCGGCAUCGGCAUUACAGCCGGUGCCCAUCGGCUUUGGUCGCACAAAUCGUACAAAGCGCGCUGGCCGCUACGACUACUAUUGAUGUUUUUAUUCACGAUUUGCGGACAGCGCGAUGCGUACACGUGGGCCCACGACCAUCGCGUGCACCACAAGUACUCGGAGACGGAUGCCGAUCCGCACAACGCCAAGCGGGGCUUCUUCUUCGCCCACGUCGGCUGGGUGUUUCUAACGCCCCACCCGGAGGUGGUGGCGAAGCGGCAAGCCAUCGACAUGAGCGAUCUCGAGGCGGACCCGAUCGUGAUGCUGCAGCGGCGCUACUACCUGCCCCUGUUUGCGCUGCUCGUCAUCGGCCUGCCGGUGCUGGUGCCCUGGUACUGGUGGGGCGAGCAGCUCGCCGUCGCGUUCUGGGUGUGCUUCACGUUCCGCUUCACCACCACGCUCAACAUCGCGUUCUUCGUCAACAGUGUGGCGCACAUGUUCGGCAACAAACCGUACGACCGAAGCAUCAGCCCGGUGGAAAACCUGGCCGUGGCGAUCGCGGCGAUGGGCGAGGGCUGGCACAACUAUCACCACGUGUUCCCGUGGGACUACAAAACCAGCGAGCUCGGCAGCUACCUGUUCAACGUGACGACCGGCUUCAUUGACUGCUUUGCCCGGCUCGGCUGGGCCUACGAUCGCAAAUCCGUGCCGCCGGAAGUGGUGGCCCGCCGGGCGGCCAAGUGUGGCGAUGGGACGCGCUUUCUUAGCGACGAGUACGCCCAUCAGGAUGCGGUGUGGGGCUACGGCGAUCAGGACAUACCAAAGGAAGAUGUGGACGCUAUCGUAAGGACACAGUGCUGAUCGGCAUGGGCAGAUCCUGCAAACGCAAAAGGAUUCUCCCACCAUGGUGGCAUGUAGCCGCCAUCGAUCAAAAACGGGAGGGGGGAGGUUCUUGCAGCAUGUUUACUUUGCAAACAGCUACGAGCUAGAAUCAGUGCUUAAACGCCGCUUGUGCACAGCAGUUAGCAUUUAGCUUAGUGAAUUAAAUUAAAUUCUCUUUCAAUAUA